ACAUGGAUGAUAUCAAAGAUUUAAAAUUUAAACGUACAAUGAAAGAUGAAGAAGAAUCGUGUAUCAAAGUUGAAUUGAAGUCUGACACCACACGACUGAGUCAUCAGGAAUUAAUGAAAUCAACUAAGGCAACUAUAAACAGUCUUGUUGAACAUGAACCAUUGCUCUCCGGAUUGCCUUCUGAUGUUACAAUAGAAGAACUUAAAUCACAGAUUGCAGUUGCACAAGGACAAGCCAUAACUUUAUUCUUAAAUCGCGGAGAAUUGCCAAAGCUCGCAGUGGUGGUAUCUCCACAUAACACAACAGUGCUUGAUUUGAAAAAGGCCAUUAAGAGACAUACAAAUUUGUCUUUGAAAAGAGAGAAUGUCAAGAAGAAGAUAAGUUGGAAGCACGUCUGGAAGAAAUAUUAUCUUUGCUUUGGAGAUAUUAGACUUUCUAACGAUAACGAAAACAUUAAAGCUUAUGGUAUUAUUAAUAAGGUGGAAUUACAUUUUACAAAGAGGCGUAGGGAAAAAAAUAAAUUGAUAAAAAGUUAA